UCCAUGCAAUUUUUCCUCCCCUUCUUCACGUUAACUCUUCGCUUUCUCUCUCUUCCAUUCAUCUUUCUCCUUCUUCCUCCGGCGACCUGUUCGACGGCGUCCGGGGCAAUCUCCUCCAACGACAGUGUGGUUCUUCCCUCUCGACAGCACGUACGUGAGCAAGGCGUACGAGCGAGCCGACGGCAUUGACGCGAAAACCUCCUUAUCGAGCCCAGGGCUCCCACGAACCAGCAACGAUCACGCACAGCAGCAGCGUCGAACGUGACUCAGGCGGUUUGCAAACCCUAAAACUGCGUUUUCCCCCAUCCUAAAAGGCUGAAAGAGAUGGUGUUCCCAGAAGAAGAAAUCACCAAACUCUUUAGAGUCCGAAAAACUGUGUUGCAGAUGUUGAAAGACAGAGGCUAUUUUGUUGGGGAUUUCGAGCUUGAUAUGUCUAAAGUACAAUUUAAGAAUAAGUUUGGUGAGAACAUGAAAAGAGAAGAUCUGGUUAUCAAUAAAUCCAAGAGAAAUAAUAGCUCUGAUCAGAUAUAUGUUUUCUUUCCUGAAGAGCCGAAGGUUGGUAUAAAGAUAGUGGAAACUUAUGUAGGUCGUAUGAAAUCAGAGAAUGUUUUCAGAGCAAUAUUUGUUGUUCAACUGAAUUUGACCCCCUUUGCCCGAAAUAAAAUCGCCGAAUUAUCGUCUUCCAAACUCCAUUUGGAAGUUUUCCAGGAAACAGAAUUGUUGGUUAACAUCAAAGAGCAUGUUCUCAUUCCCGAGCACCAGACACUCACAGAUGAAGAGAAGAAAACGUUGUUGGGGAGGUAUACGGUGAAAGAAACACAACUACCUCGCAUGCAAGUUACCGAUCCAAUUUCUAGAUAUUAUGGGCUGAAGCGUGGACAUGUAGUGAAGAUCAUCCGACCAAGCGAAACUGCUGGAAGAUAUGUGACUUAUAGAUAUGUUGUUUGAGAUCAAUCUGAUAUGAGUAAUUGAAGUCAUGAUAUUUCUGUAGUGGAAGUGGUUUGGAGUUUUAGGCAAUUCUCCUUUAUGAGCUUCAACUGGGGAAUUCGUGCAUUUAGAAUUUAAAUUGAACAUCCACCCACGGUUUUUUCUUAUUGUUUCAUUGACUCACAAGCAUGUUUUUUGUAAAGGAAGGGAAAAAACGCUUACUGGUACACCAAAUAUUGAGGUUUUUGGUGACAAAGAAAGUCGAUUAACAAGUUUAUCCUUUUGGAUCUUUUUGGUUGAUCUUUCAUUGCUAAAACAUUUUCUUAUUGUGA